AUGUCACGAGUAGCCGGCCGCACCGACUGGGCGGAAGAAGAUGACGAGGACAACAUCACCUCUCUCCCACCACCCCAGGCCACCAAGAACAAGGACGGCACCGAAACCAUAGUCUCGUACCGCAUCGGCGAGGACGGCAAAAAGUACAAGACGACACGCCGCAUCAAGAAGACGGUCGUCAAGCAAAUCGUCAACCCCCGCGUCGCAGAGCGCAAACAAUGGGCAAAAUUCGGCCAGGAAAAGGGCAAGCCGGCUGGCCCCCAAACCGACACCGUCUCGGUCGCAGAAAACAUCAGCUUCCGCCCCGUCAGCAACUGGAAGGCGAGCAACGAAGACAAGGGCGACGAGGCGAAGAAGAAGGCUGAGCUGAAGAAUGCAAAGAUCAAGUGUCGUAUUUGCCAGGGUGACCAUUUCACCACAAAGUGUCCCUUCAAAGACACCAUGGCUCCCGAGGGCGACGUUGCGCCAGCAGAUAUGCCAGACGAUGCGCCGGGCAUGGCCGCCGGCGGCCUUGGUUCCGGCGGUGGUGGCUACGUUCCUCCCCACUUGCGUGGACGUGGUGGUGCUGGCGAGAAGAUGGGCGGCAAGUUUGAUCGCGACGACAGUGCUACGCUACGCGUGACGAAUGUUAGCGAGUUUGCAGAAGAGCAGGAUCUCCGCGACAUGUUCUCAAGGUAUGGACAUGUUACGCGCGUGUUCUUGGCCAAGGACAGGGAGACGGGACGAGCAAAGGGCUUUGCGUUUGUCAGUUAUGCGGAUCGGACGGAUGCGGCCAAGGCGUGCGAGAAGAUGGAUGGAUUCGGUUUUGGCCAUCUCAUUCUGCGCGUCGAGUUUGCUAAGAAGGCUUAA